UCUAUCCACCCCCCUGCUGCUGCUAGGCUUGCGAUUGCCGCUCGCUCCAGCUGAGCUAAGAGUAGCAGCAGCACCAGGGCAGGGACUGACUCCAGCCCUUGGACUUAGGACAUCGCAACACCUUCCCUUGCGUGCGUGACUCAUUCGCACAUCCUUUCUGUUUAUGCCUGGGGUGGGGAGAAAAAUCCCAAACCAGUCCCAGUGAACAGAGACAGAACCCCCUGGGGUGCCACCUGCACGUUGGCUUGGCUGUCAGUCAUCUUUCCAAGGAUCGCUGGAAUCUGCAUAGAAACCACCUUUGCACACAGGGAAUCUACUCCCCUGGCUCCUUCACAAGUCUCAGUGCAGUGGACUCUCCUUCCAUCCUUCCACCCUGCAACCCUCAGCCCUUUGAGCUUCAGCUGGCUGGUAGGAGUGACGCCGGGCUGCUCUAGCCUCCCCGGCACCCUUACCGUCUUGGGCUCGCCGAUCAUCCUUUUCCUCUUCCUCCAGAGUCCCUCGGGCUUGCUCUGCCUUCACCUUAUGAAAUGAACUCCGCUUCUGGUUUUUUCAAUUUUAUUUAACUUUGUUAUUGUUUUUUAAAAAUUUAUUUAUUUUAUUUAUUUAUUUUUGGCUAUGUUGAGCCUUCGUUGCUGUGCGCGGGCUUUCUCUCUAGUUGCGACGAGCGGGAGCUACUCUUCAUUGUGGUGCGCGGGCUUCUCAUUGUGGUGGCUUCUCUUGUUGCAGAGCACGGGCUCCAGGCAUGCGGGCUUCAGUAGAUGUGGCACGUGGGCUCAGUACUUGUGGCUUGCAGGCUUUAGAGCGCAGGCUCAGUAGUUGUGGUGCACGGGCUUAGUUGCUUUGCGGCAUGUGGGAUCUUUCCGAACCAGGGCUGGAACCCAUGUCCCCUGCAUUGGCAGGUGGAUUCUUAACCACUGCGCCACCAGGGAAGCCCUGUUAUUGUUUUUUAACUUUUCUCAUGUUGGUUUCAAGGGCAGAGACUGUCUCAUCUCUGUAUGUCCUAUGGUGACUAGCACAGUGCUGUAGUAGGUACUCAAUAGACAAUAAUUGUUUUUACCAGGAUAGGGCUUUAUGGGUAACGAAGGCUCUUUUGUAUAGUUUUUUUUUUUUUCUUUCAAAUCUGCACCACAGUCCUCUGAAGUAGACAGAGCAGGUAGUAUUCUUUUUAGCGCAAUUAAGAAACUAAGGCCUACACUUCAGCCAUAGGUCCAUUAAUUAAUUAUUUAAUUCUACAGAGUAGAUAUUUACUAAGCGUAACUCUGUCCCAUGGGCUAGGAAAAUAGAGCUGAAAGACAUCAUCCCUUCCCUCAAGGAUGAGGCAGAUGUUUGAACAAAUAAUUCUAUGAAGUUUCAGCACAGAGGAACGAUGAACGUGUUUAUUGGGGGAAGAUCAGCGAAAAACUGAGAGAGAAAGAGAUGCUUGCAUUGGUCCUUAAAGGGUUGACUUCACAACACAGAAAGGGUGGGCGGAAGGGCAUCCCAGGUAGAGGAAAUACCAUGUACACAGCCUAUGGGAAUGAAAAGACCAGCACCUUGGGAGAUACUGCAGCAUCAGCAAGGCUGGCAGGAGGUGUACAGCAGCGGGGUGGUGAUAGAAGGGAAGAUGGCGGUCACUCCCACUGGUAAGACCCCAAGACCCCCAGGACUUGCAGGAGACUGGAAGCUUCCUCCCUUUGUUCAGUCUCCCAGUUUCUAGCCCUUCUUCCCAGAGGUACUCACAGCAUGUACAUAAACUACCUUUCAGCUUUGGAUGGGCUCCCCUUCGCUCUGCUUCCUUGCACCCCCAGCUUGUCUGCACAGAGAUUUGCAAUCUCCUUUUGUUGCUAAAAGAAAACAUCUUAUCACAUGAGAGACCUGUGACCUGACUGCUUGGAAGAAUAAAGUUUACCAGGUGAAAUGACAUCUGUGUCAUUUGCUCUUUGUGGCGUGAGGUGACUGGGAAGGAAUAAAGUCCGUCUGUGACCAAACACCUGUGUUCCUCUCUUGCUGGCAGGGCCACCAGAGGGGAGCGUUAAAUUGCUCCUCAAAUGAGUCAGCCCUGUUGUUCCCGAGGAGACGGGCUGGUGCAGCUUGAGCUCUGUGGGCAAGUCUGACCAGGCCCAUCUCACUCGUGCCUGUGUUUGCCUUGCAGCUGUGUAAAUGAGUAUGGAAGAUUAUGAUUUCCUGUUUAAAAUUGUUUUAAUCGGCAAUGCUGGUGUGGGGAAGACGUGCCUAGUCCGACGGUUCACUCAGGGUCUUUUCCCCCCAGGACAAGGAGCCACAAUUGGAGUUGAUUUUAUGAUUAAGACAGUGGAGAUUAAUGGUGAAAAAGUAAAGCUUCAGAUCUGGGACACAGCAGGUCAAGAGAGAUUUCGGUCCAUCACCCAGAGUUAUUACCGAAGCGCCAAUGCCUUGAUCCUCACCUAUGACAUAACCUGUGAGGAAUCCUUCCGUUGCCUUCCUGAGUGGCUGCGGGAGAUAGAACAAUAUGCUAGCAACAAGGUCAUCACUGUGCUAGUGGGCAACAAGAUUGAUCUGGCUGAAAGGAGAGAGGUCUCCCAGCAGAGAGCUGAAGAAUUCUCAGAAGCUCAGGACAUGUAUUAUCUGGAGACCUCAGCCAAGGAAUCCGAUAACGUGGAGAAACUCUUCCUUGACUUGGCCUGCCGCCUCAUCAGUGAAGCCAGGCAGAACACACUUGUGAACAAUGUAUCCUCACCCUUACCUGGAGAAGGGAAAAGUAUCAGCUAUUUGACUUGUUGUAAUUUCAACUAAAGGCUGAGGCAAGGAGAAGCAAGAGGAAUCAGCAGUUGCCCUGAUGGGCCACCAAUUGCUGGGGAGAUCUGGCGAUGACUAUGGGUCCCGCUCUAGGACCUUCUGACUCCUGUGGGCUCCUGAGCUUACAAAGCAUGGCAGGCCAAGGGCCUCGUCCACAGGCCAGCAUUAGCAGAACAUAUAAUGGUUUCACCCUUUUGCAGUCUGGAGUCGGAUCAAGGAGAAAAUUGCACUAGGCGCUCCAUGAUCUGCAGAGCAUGUUGCUUUUGUUUUGUUUAAAAAAAGCAAGUAAAACGCAUUCCUGAAUACAGUCCAGGGGGAGACGUACUGUAGGGGAUCCCUCCUGCACGUCAGUGGGUGCAUGUGGGGGCUGCUCUUUAGGGCUUCUGGGGGCCCUGGUUUUCUCGUCUACCAGGUAAACCAAAACUGGGAACGCCAAGUCCUGUCUCUGGUGCGUGCUGAUGGCUCCAUGGAGAUUUUGAAAAGUGUUAUUUCUCUUUUCCAUGGGCACUUUCAAGAACUUUGGGAUGUAAAAAUGAAAUGAAACCUUUACCCGUGACAACAGUAGCAAUCAUUGUUUUAUUAAUGUACACAAGCUCCAUGACUCCUUUUGGUGCUAUUGAUUCCACUCUUUCACAGACCAAACGUUUUAGUACAUUGAUGUCCUUAAAUACAUUUCAUGGAAAUAAAAACAAAACAAAACAAAAAAAAAAAAGAAAAAAGGGAAGUCCAUUAAUCAGCUGUCUUUCUCAAAGUCUCAUUACCACCUUUUCUAGGGUAGAUUUGUUGGGAAGGAGAAUACUUUUCCUUUCCUGUUCCCCUCUAAAUCUCUACCACUUUCUUCUUCCAUUCUCCCAUCUUCCCUGCCCUUUAAGUAAAUGAAAAAGUUUGAAAAAUGGAAAAAAAAAAAAAGAGAGAAUGGUGGAUACCCUAAUAUAAAAGAUUAGCUCUAAGACAUUAUGAGUAGUA